AGGUUUCCAUUUCAUUUUAUUAAUAACUAUAUCCCACUAAAGUCAACGGGAGAUGGGUUUAUCACCUCGACACUUGGUAUUUUGAUUUUACGCUGCACCCUGAAUGCAACGCGCACCGUCCAACAUGGCGGCCCAGCGCAGGAAUUUGAUGCAGAGCCAUCAGAGCUGGACAGAUGACCUGCCGCUGUGCCAGAUGUGUGGGGUUGGCACUUCACCCAACUGUAUGUACGGCCCUGAUGGUAAAGGGACUCAGACCCACACCAAUGAGGAUGGACACCUCAGAUUUAGAGGCGAGGACGGCUGUUUCCUGUAUGGAGUUUUUAACGGCUAUGAUGGCAGCCGAGUGGCCAGUUUUGCUUCCCAGUGUCUGACAGCUGAACUGCUGCUGGGACAGCUGAACUCCAGUCACACAGACAACGACAUCCGCAGGAUCCUCACACAGGCCUUCGAUGUGGUGGAGAAGAGCUACUUUGAGACGAUAGACGAUGCUCUGGCAGAGAAAGCUCACCUGUCCAACUACGUCCUACCACACAAUGAGAAUGUGUCGUUCAACCAGCUUUCCUCCCAGAGUCAGAAGGUGCAGGAGCGCCUGAAGGAGCUGGAGCAGGAGGUGUCAGGAGGAGCUACGGCUGUGGUGGCACUGAUCCUCAACAACAAGCUAUACAUCGCCAAUGUUGGUACCAACAGGGCCCUGCUGUGCAAGUCCAGCAGCGACGGCCAGAACCAGGUUCUCCAGAUCGGCCGACCGCACAGCACUGACAAUGAAGAAGAGCUGCAGAGACUGGCUGCACUGGGUGUGGAUUCGGCUCGGGUCAGGCAGGCGGGGCAGAUUGCCGGUCAGAGCAGCACGAGGAGGCUCGGAGACUACCGGGUCAAGUUCAACUACAAUGAAAUUGACUUGCUCAGUCCGGCCAAGACGAGGCCAGUCAUCGCAGAGCCAGAGAUCCACGGCAGCCACUCUUUGGACAAUGUGACAGGCUUCCUGUUGCUGAUGUCAGAAGGUCUCAUCAACGCCCUCGAGUCCGCCCACGGCCCCGAACAGGCCAAUCAGGAAAUCGUUGCCAUGGUAGCAGCAGCGUUGGCCCAACAGACCAGUCUGGAGGCAGCAGCUCAGUCGGUGGUGGACCGCGUCAAGCGGCUGCAUCAUGAUGUGUACGUGUCCGGCCAGCAGAGGGCGACCUACUGUUCCCGACAUGAGGACAUGACCCUGCUCAUCCGCACGCUCAACUACCCGCUAGCUGACGGAGCUCUGACGCCCACACAGGGUGGACGUAUCUACCCGGUGUCAGUGCCCUACUCCAACAGCCAGAGCACCAGUAAAACCAGUGUCACCCUCUCACUGGUCAUGCCUUCCCAAAGUACCCUCACCAAUGGAACCAACACCGCCUCCACCCUGGAGGAAGGCACCCCCACUCCUGGCAGUCAGAGCCCCACAGCCACCCUCCAGUCCACCAACACCCAGACGCAGAGCUCCAGCUCCAGCUCGGGAGACGGAAGCCUGUUCCGCCAGAGAGGCAGCCAGGCGGCUCAGCCCGAUGAGACGGGCAGGGUCCCGCCCUAUGUGGACUUCAGUCAGUUUUACCGCCUGUGGGGAAGUGACCACAGCGAUGGCCAGAGCACCCAGGGGGGACUGGGACCCCAGUGAGGAGGACAAGCAAGGGGUGCUGGGUGUCAGCUGGAUGUUUUCUGGCAGCGAGGAGGCACAUGGAUUUAAAAGGGACAAAGGUUUUUAGAGGUGGUUUGGAUCGACAGAUAAAAUGCAAUUAAUGUAUCAUAACUGAAAAUAAGUGACCUAAAAAUGCAUGGAGGAAGGACUGAGGUUUUCAAGGUCUUAAUAUCCAACAGAAGGUGUAGCCAGUGGGCAAAGAAUAUCCCUGACACUGUUAGAGAGUGGUGUCACCACUCACCACAAAAUAAUGUUUGUUCUCAUGUGAUAGAUGCUGGAUACGAGUGAUUGUGAAUAUAUAUACGUAUAUAUAUAUAUAUAUAUAUAACUAAUCCAGAUUGUAGCCAUUGCUAUCAGAUGUAAAAACAUGUAUCUGAAACAGGAAUCUCACAGACCUGAGGGUUUGUGGAUUUUAGAAUGAAUGAUUACAUUACUGUAAGGCCUUAACAUGGAAUGAAUGGAUGCGUUUAAAUGUACCUUUUUUAUUUUUAAUGAAAGUGUAUCUCUAAAUGAAUCAAUAGGCUCUCUGGGCUUCUCUUCAGAUCAGCACUUAAAACGCUUUUGACCAUC